AUCGAGGGAAAUUAACAAAGAAAGACUGACAACAGACAAUAAAAUGUGACAUUUAUUUACUUUGAAGGAAAACGAUUAGACCUGCAAUUUUCUGAUUGCCAAAAAAUGACAAAUAUCCUGGGAGGAUGGACCAGCCCUUAAGAUGUGAAGAAACGUCUGAAGUUGUUUCUGUUUUUGAAAAGUGACCAACAAUAAUGGGGAAUACAUCGAUGUUUAAUUGGAUUUUUUCAGUGAAGCUGAUAAUUGUUAUCAUUGCUUCAUUUUGGACCCUUUUGAGUGCUCAGCCGAGUCUUGGAGAGAAUACGUCACAAAGCUCCAGCCAGAUGUUAUUUAAAAGGAGAAUGAGACGUGCCACUGAUUGCACAAUGGGCUUCAUCAGUGGAGAAAUGACCAGUAAUUCAUUGCGUCUUGCAUCUUAUUCAGCCAGCCAGUUAGAUGCUUGUUUGAACAAUAAUGUGUUGUUGGCAAAUCUCACUCAACUGGGACAAAUAGCUUUUAGCAGAGAUCAGCUUCUUGUUCUCAAAGAGAAACUGGGUGAGAUAUACACAGGCGGACUGCCAGAGGAACGGAUACGACAGCUGGGAUUCAUUAUUACUGUGUACGGCCCUGAAGAGAUCAGUAUGUGGAACAUAACGAAUGCGGAUACUCUUACACUUGUUCUAAACAACAGCCCAAAUCUGAACACGAGCAAAGCAAUCAUUUCAAAUUAUCUGCAGAGAUCUGGGCCACUAGAUGCUGUUGCUUUGGAUGCGAUUGGCGGUCCAUUACUGUGUACUCUCAGUGAAGAGAACCUCAGGACCAUACUUCCCAGUGAACUGAAGAAAGCUAAGCCACUGAAUAUUUCCAUGUGUACCCAGGCGAAGAAAGACAUACUCUUCGGGAUCGCUAAAGUUGCAUUCCAGGAUCUUGCUGGUGAUCCCAAGGCCUAUUUUAACCAGCUCAAACCGUAUAUUGGUGGUGCACGAGCUUCUGAUUUACAAAGAUUAGCUCCUGGCAACAUCAGCAUGGACUUCCAGACAUUCAGCAGCCUCAAUCCAGUGGAAGUGGAAAAACUCACUGUCCAGAACAUUCGAGAUCUGCUUGGAAUUAACCUGAAUUCCCUUAAAGAGAAUGAAGACCAUGAAAUAGUGCGGCGUUGGGUUAACUCACACACAGUGGAUGAGGUCACGAGCCUGGGAAUUGGCCUCAGAGGUGGAAUAUCACCGGCUGGACUUGGAAACUUUUCAUUUCAGGAACUGCCUGGUUCUGCUUCAGUCAACAGCUACAAUCUCCUGCUCUCCAUCUGCAUCACUGUGAUGGGAAUCACAUUGCAACACCUUUCAUAAACUGCAAAUCAGCCUAUUGUGCUAUCAACGGAAAGGAUCAGAGCUCUUUGACUGAUGUCAAAGAAAGUUUAACAAACUGAGUAACUGAAGUGAAAUCUGCUUAUAAUGAUCCAUUUUUAAGUAACCUUAAGCCAAGCUAAGCUACACAAUGUUCUGAUUAUGUAUGAAAUAUAAUAUUUUAAGGACUGAUUUGGAUCACAACCAGAAUGACAAUCCACCAGCAAUGGGUGAAGUAUUAGUGAUUAUCAAAUCUUGCAUUCUAAUCUUUCUUAAUUUUUGUAUUUAUAGGAUCGUCAUGGAGUGAAUAAAAUUCCAAUUUGAUUGUAUUUACUUGAAACUAGUAAUCUGAGGUCAUUUUCAACAUGUGCUGGUUAUUAAGAGAGGAAUAAAUCUUGAAUUCUUGACAGUUGUCUGUAUAGUUGCCCUGUCAAGUGAUAGUGCCAAAAGUCUCCAUCGGUGCAGGCUGUGGCUCUUAAAGGAGUUUUCAUUUCGAGCCUGAAUGCCUGAGCUAACUUAGCUUAUCUCUGUGGGACAACAUUUCAGGUGUAAAAGUUUAUUUUAGUGAUGAGGGAUAGAAACCACAUUUAAAGUUCCUGCCACUGAUCUUUACCUCAUUACCCAUUUUGGAAGUACACCUUCCUGUCUUCAAUCUGUGGUUGAGCUGUGAUCUUUUGCAAUUCAACAGAAUCUUUGUCUGUCGUCCCCUCACUCAUAGAACUGAUAACUUUCAUGAUAAAGAACAGCCAACAGAAAAGGCUGCAGGCAAAUGUUCAACAGUUAUCAGGUCUAACAGUGAAAAAGGGGACCUUUGCUGAUAAAAUGAUAUUAGAUUAAGCAACCACUGUACUUGUAUAUUUUCUAUAUUGAAAAGUAUUUUGUGCAAUUAUUAUUAUAUGUUUAUACCGUUCAAUGACUUAUCAUGCAAUGUUCUUGCAUUGUAUAUUUAUUAAAAUUAAUGCAUGAUGAA